AAUUAUAGAGCAAUGGCAGAAUUAUCAAUAAAACAAAGCGAGGCCAGGAGUAUGGAUGAAUUUCCAAGAACUCUGUCAUCCUCCAGUGGUCCUCUGUCAUCCGAGCUCCAGUGCUCGAUCUGUUUGGAUGUGUUCACUGAUCCAGUCAGCACUCCAUGUGGACACAACUUCUGUAAGAGCUGCCUGAACCAGUGCUGGGACAAAAGUCAGACCUACAAAUGUCCAUUAUGUAAAGAAACUUUCAGAAGAAGACCCAACCUUAAGAUCAACACAGCACUCAGAGAGGUUGUGUUGCACUUAAAAGAAAAGUCUGGCCAGAGUAAAUCUGAGGUUCUCUGUGACAUCUGUGAUAAUAUAAAGAUGAAAGCUCUGAAGAUGUGCCUGGUGUGUCAGAGCUCAUACUGUCAAACUCACCUGGAGCCUCAUCAGAGAGUCCCAAAGCUAAAGAAACACAAACUGAUCGAUCCUGUGGAGAAUCUUGAGGUCUACAUCUGUCAGAAACAUGAGAAACCUCUGGAGCUGUUCUGUAGAGAUGAUCAGACAUGUGUGUGUUUGCUCUGUGCUGUGACAGACCAUAAGACUCACAACACUGUUUCUAUAGAGGAGGAGAGCAAAGAGAGGAAGUCUCAGCUGAUGAAGAUGCAGACGGACGUGAAGCAGAUGAUUCUGGACAGAAUGAAGAGGAUUCAGGACCUCAAACACUCAGCAAAACACAGAGAUGAAACAUCCGAGAAAGAGAAAGCAGAGAGUAUUGAGUUCUUCACUGAUCUGAUCCGCUCCAUUGAGAGAUGUCAGUCUGAGCUGCUGGAGAUGAUGGAGCAGAAGCAGAAAGCAGCAGAGAAGCAGACUGAAGAGCACAUUAAAGAGCUGGAGCAGGAGAUCACUGAGCUAAUGAGGAGAGACACUGAGCUGGAGCAGCUCUCACACACUGAGGAUCACCUGCAGCUCCUACAGAUUUACCCGUCUCUGAGCAGACCUGUACGCACCAGCAGCUGGACUGAGAUCAGUAUUAGUGACACUCAUGAGAGUGUGGGGACUCUGAGGAAAGCUUUGACUCAGCUGCAGGAGACUAUAGAAGAGAAACUCAGCAAAACUGAGCUGAAGAGGAUACAACGAUAUGCAGUGGAUGUGACUCUGGAUCCUGAUACAGCUCAUCCAUUACUCAUCCUGUCUGAUGAUGGAAAACAAGUGACAUGUGGAGAUACUGAGCUUGAACUCAAAGACAAUACAAAGAGGUUUGAUUAUUGUUACAAUGUCCUGGCAAAAGAGGGAUUCAGCUCAGGGAGAUUUUAUUUUGAGGUGCAGGUAAAGGGAAAGACUGAGUGGGAUUUAGGAGUGGCCAGGGAAUCCAUUAACAGGAAGGGAAUGAUCACAGCAGCUCCUGAGAAUGGAUACUGGACUGUGUUUCUGAGGGAUGGGAAUCACUAUCAGGCUUAUGAAUCUUCUCCUGUCUCUCUGUCUCUGAGAGUGAAGCCUCAGGUAGUGGGUGUGUUUGUGGAUUAUGAGGAUGGUCUGGUUUCCUUUUAUGAUGUGGAGUCCAGAUCUCAUAUUUAUUCUUUCACUGGUCAGUCUUUCACUGAGAAACUCUUCCCAUACUUUAGCCCUAGUGAUAAUGAAGGUGAAAAUGCAGCAUCACUGAUCAUAUCACAUGUCAGAUAAAAUGCAUUUACACCCAAUGCACCAAUAAGAAUAUGAAAAUAACAUUUUAGUGCUAUGAAU